AUCGGAGAGUGUCUGUUCUCUGCAGCGUGGCUCCGGAGCUGUGAUGGCUCUACUAGAGUGAUCGGAGUUUGGUACCUCUCCUAGAUCUGGAGCCUGGCGAUCACCGACACGAUUUCUUACAGCUCCACACACACGAGGAUCUGACAGCUCACAGCCUGGGACCGAUCUACAAGUCAUGGCCACUUCCCCAUGCAGCAGCAGUGGGGUCUCCUCUUCAUCCUCCUCUGGCUUCAGCAUGGACACCGGCUUGGAGAUCAAAACCAAAUCAGUGGAGCAGACCCUUGUCCCCCUGGUGUCUCAGAUAACGACACUGAUAAACCACAAAGAAAAACCAAAGAAAUCCGAGAAGACAUUGCAGGCAAUUCAACGUGUUGGCCAGGCUGUGAACCAGGCUGUAGCGAGGUUUGUGACUGUUGGAGAAACCAUAGCUAAUGAAAAUCUAGAGCUCAAAGAAGAAAUGGGUUUUGCCUGCAGUGAAGCUAAGAGAGCAGGUGAAACUAUAGCCCAGCUGACCGAUAUGAGCAUUGGAGAACGGCCUGAUCCAGAUGGUCGAGUUACCAUUUUCACUGAUAAGAACGGAGUGGUAAAAGCUGCUAGACUUCUUCUUUCUUCAGUUACGAAGGUGCUGGUGUUGGCAGACAGAAUUGUCGUUAAACAAAUUAUCACUUCCAGAAACAAGGUCCUGGCAACUAUGGAGCUUCUUGAAAAAGUGAGCAGCUUUCAAGAGUUUGUUCAGAUAUUCAGCCAGUUUGGUAAUGAAAUGGUGGAAUUUGCCCAUCUUACUGGAGACAGACAAAAUGAUUUGAAGAGCGAGAAGAAAAAGGCAAGCAUGGCAGCAGCAAGAGCUGUGCUGGAGAAGUGUACUAUGAUGUUGCUCACAGCGUCCAAGGCUUGUCUAAGGCAUCCUGAUUGUGAAUCAGCACGUAUUAAUAAAGAAGGUGUCUUCCAAAGAAUGAGACUAGCAUUGGAGCAGGUCAUUGAAAUUGUAACAGACUCGCGACCAAACAGGGAGACUGAAGUUGCAUCCAUCAGUAUUUAUAGCGGAAUCAAAGAGUUAAAAAGUAAAGUUGAAGGACUCAGAGAAAACCUGUAUUAUCUGUCAAAGGAAAAUGUUUCCACAAUGUUAGAAGUCAUAUUGGAACAUACAGAAGAUUUCACAGACUCUGCUUACACCAGCCAUGAAAACAGAGAACGCAUUCUGGAACUAUCUAACCAGGCCAAAAUGGAACUAGAGCAGCUGGUUUCAGUGUGGAUACAAGCUCAAGCCCAAAAGACAAAAGAUGUAGUAGAAGAUUUGGAAUUGGCCAUACUGAAAACAUGUCAGUGCAUUAUGGAACUGAAACGAGAGCUUCACAGUGCAGCUACAACACUUGCUACAGACCUAUUAAAAUACCAUGCCGAUCAUAUGGUUUUAAAGGCCUUGAAAAUUGCUGGUGCAGAAGGAAAUCUGGAAGCCGUGGCAGAAUUCACUUCCAAGUUGUCUGAACAGAAGGAGCAGCUUAUAGAGUCUUGUCGGUUGUUGAGGCAUGUUUCAGGUACAGAACCUUUGGAAAUUACAUGUAUUCAUGCCGAAGAUACCUUUCAGGUGACUGGUCCUCAGAUUAUGUCGGCAGCAGAGACUUUGGCGCUUCAUCCAACUAGUAAGAUUGCUAAAGAAAACUUGGAUGUGUUUUGUGAAGCCUGGGAGUCACAGCUAAGUGACAUGUCCAUUUUGGUGCGUGAGAUUAAUGAUGUGUUUGAAGGGAGACGAGGUGAGAAACGUACGUAUCUUUCUCUUCCAAGACCCGGGAAACAUAGUGCAAACCUGAAAACCUUAAAGCCAGUGAAGCUUGAUGUGGAGGAGCAGGGCAAAAUUGCAAAAUUAGGAUUGGAGCUGCGUUUGCUGACCUCAGAUGUGGAUGCAGAAUCGGAAAAAUGGGAAGAUCAAGACAAUGAACUGCUGAGACAUGGACAGACCAUGUCCAGUAUGGCUUACACAAUGUACCUGUUCACAAGGGGUGAAGGUUUGUUGAAGACUACCCAAGACUUAUUUCAUCAAGCAGAGGUGUUUGCCGCAGCCGGUAUAAAGCUUUCAUCCAUUCUUCAUACGUUUUCAAACCAGCUUGAAGAUGAUGACAAACCUUUACUCCUCCUGGAAAUUGAGAAGCUUGUUCCACUAAGCCAGCAGGUUCAGGUCACUUCAAGGACUCCAGUGCAGGGUAAAACUGCCACCUUUACCAAGGUUGAUAAGUGUAUUCUGAAAUCAAAGGCAAUCAUGAUGAUAUUAUCCCAAGUUCUUCCAAUCUGCUGCAAACUGCUACGUAAGUGUAAAGCAGGCAGUGGAUGUUAUCGAACUACUCCGGCAUGGAGAGAAAACCGGCUUCAGAAUGUUGCUAAUGAAGAUGGUCUAGAAGGGAAAUCAGUAGAAGCUUUUGGAGUGAAGUCUUUGGAGCACCAUGUAGCUAAUCUAACGUUUUUAGAAAGCAAAUAGCAAGGCAACAUGCACAAUGAAAGGGCCAUAUGUUUGACACAAGCAGUUUCCUAAAACACUUCUGUGGCAGCAGAACCACAUUACUGAACUCAGUGUGAAGUUUAUUAUUUUGUGUUUUACUCCUCUUAUUGGUACCAUUGUACUUUAUUCAUAUUUGCAAUGUCAGGUUGUAAUAAGUCUUUAUUAAAUGUGAAUGUUUGCAUUUUACUCUUACCCAUCACAUGGUUUUAAGUGUUAUCAGAAACUGUUGUGAAUGUCUUAAUGGAAACCUUAACCCAAAGAUGCUGCUAUGGUUUGUAUAUGUGUAAUAUGCAGAAACAAAACGCAAUUCUCAUCCUUUAAAUUUGCAGUGUUAAAAAUCUUGCUGUCAACAUUUCCUCAUCUUUGCUUGUUUCCCCCCAAUUGUACUGUACUCGUUUACCUGUAUCAGGGCAAUGUUCUGUGGUCUGAAGCACUGAUCAGCUCAUGUCUUAAGGGCUGGUGUUAUGUCCUAUUCACGACAAGGAAAAAAAAAAAACAGCACACUUUAUCCACAACUACAGCCUGCACCUUGACCGUUUUGAAUUAAAGAGUUUUAUUGUAAAAUUGCUGCUGGAUUCUUUAACUUUGUUGAAGAUUUUCUCAGAGAACUAUUUUCUGAUUCAGUCUGAUUAUGCAUAGAUCUUGGUCUGAAGAUGGCUGUUCAGGCUUUUAGCUGCUUUGGGUUGGCAGCUGGAGGGUACCCCAAGGUUUAUGUUGUAACCCUUGUAGACUUGCUAAGCUCACCCUUUGAAAUCUUGUAGGAUUUGAGAUGCAUGUCAAAAAUGUAUCUUUUCUCAGAAUGUACACCAUAUUUAAGUUUCAUGAAAUUGUAGUUUUUUUUACAUUAACAUUUACAAUGUAAGAUUCUAUUUUUAAAAUAAAAUUCUAAUGAACCUUU